AUGGCGUUUGAGGAGCUUCUGGCCAGGGCUGGGGGUGUGGGACUCUUCCAGGUCCUGCAGAUCGGCACCUUGCUUCUCCCUGCCCUCUUGGCACCUUUUCACAUACUUCUGGAGACUUUCUCGGCCGCUGUCCCAGGCCACUGCUGCUGGACCCAUGUGCUGGACUCUGAGGUGCCCACUCACCUGACCCGCGAGGCCCUCCUGGCCAUCUCCAUCCCACUUGGCCCCAACCUGCAGCCUGACCAGUGCCGCCGCUUCCGCCAUCCACAGUGGCAGUUCCUGGACCCCAAUGCCACAGCUGCCAACAGGAGUGAGGCCGCCACAGAGCCAUGUGUGGAUGGUUGGGUCUAUGACCACAGAACCUUUACGUCCACAGUUGUAACCAGGUGGGACCUGGUGUGCAGCUCCCAAAGCCUGAAGGCCCUGAGCCAGGCCAUCUUCAUGGCUGGGACCCUGGCAGGAGCCCUUGUCUGGGGAUUUCUCUCCCACUGGCUGGGGCGAAAGUCGAUGCUGCUCUGGUGCUAUCUUAAAGUGGCUGUGGCUGCUGCUGGCGCCAUCUUGGCUCCCAACUUCUUCAUCUACUGUGGCCUUCGUUUCCUAAGUGCCUUUGGGCUGGCUGGUAUCGUUAUGACCCAGGCCACACUGAUGGCUGAGUGGACCACAAUCCGCAGGAGGGAUGUUACCAUGACGAUCUUGGGCUGCACUUACAGCACAGGCCAGAUGGCCUUGGCAGGCCUGGUCUUGGCCUUGUGGGACUGGCGAAACCUCCAGCUGGCUGUGUCCAUCCCCUUCUUGGCCAUAUUCCUGCUGUCCUGGUGGCUGCCAGAAUCUGCACGAUGGCUGAUUACCACAGGCCAACCAGAAAAAGCGCUUCAGGAACUCCAGAAGGUAGCUAAGAUAAAUGGCCACAAAGAAGCCAAACAGACACUGACCAUAGAGGUGCUGACAUCUAGCGUGGCCAGCGAGGCAACCGAGACUCCGGGAUCUGUGCUGGACCUGUUCCGUGUGCCUGUGCUCUUCCAGAGAACCUACGUCAUCGUGUCGCUUCUCCUAUUGUUGUCCUGUUAUGGCCUGGUCCUGGACCUGCAAAGCCUGGGCGGGAACCUCUUCCUCUUGCAGACCCUCUUUGGAGCGGUGGACUUCCUGGGCCGAGCCACAGCCGUCCCAUUGCUCAGGUUCCUUGGCCGCCGCAGGACCCUGGGGGGCUUCUUUGCCCUGGCGGGGUUCUGCAUCUCAGCCAAUGCGCUGGUGCCACAAGACCUGCAGACUCUGCGUGUGGCCCUGGCCAUCCUGGGGAAAGGCUGUUUCGGGGUCUGUUUGUCGUCUCUCUCUGUGUACAAGACAGAGUUCUUCCCAACUCAGCUGAGGAUGACAGCAGAUGGCUUCCUGCAAUCUGUGGGCCGCCUAGGGUCCAUAACAGGCCCCUUGAUUAAGAUGGCCAGCCAGGCGCUGCCCCUGACACCACCACUCACCUAUGGGGCUUCCCCCAUUGCCUCAAGCCUGGUCCUCCUGGUCUCCCUCCCGGAGACCCAGGGAAUCCCACUCCCAGACACCAUCCAGGACUUGGAGGGGCGGGUGAGUGUGCUGGCCAAGGGUAACCAGCAAGAGGUGGUCAUUAUGGAAAGCACCUGGUCCUAG